GGUAUCUUUCGGCGGCAACCCAAUCUUACCGUGUUGUCUCUGUCCCAUUGACCAUACCGAUUCAUGCUACCCAGAUAAGACAACCUUGGCGAAGCAUCAAACCACGAAGUUUCAAACUUCAUAAAAUGGAAGUCCAUCCAUACCUGAGCAACUAGCUAGUGACUAUGUCGUCUUUCAGAUCUCUUGCAUUCAUCCUUGUUUGCAGCUUUUCCCCUGCAGUUGUGUACUCCAAGAAUUCGGCGUCGGCCUCAAGCUCGUAUAGCUCCAGCCUCGAUGCCAGAGAGCCUGUCGUAUGUGGAUGCCAUGAAUGCACUGAAGCUAUUGUUGAUCGCCAGGCGGGGGAGCACUCUUGUGCGGAAAGAAUCCAGUUCCUGGUGGACGAAUACCAAUUACCCGAGGAGGAGGCCUGCAUUAGGGUUGCUCGAACUGAGUUUCGAGACAUUUGUGGCCCUGAAUGCGACCCUGGUCGGUGUGAUGGAAACAAACUACCCCCUCAUGAGAUGCCUUCUACCUACUGUGGUUGCAAACACUGCACUCACGAAGUCUGGAAUCGCAUCACCACACAGCAUCACACCUGUGGAGCCAGGAUUUCAUAUUUGGCGGAUUUCAACGGCCUCCCAACGAGAGAGGCUUGCAACAUUGUUGGUGGGCAUGAAUUCCCUCACGAGGACGAUUGUGGCCUCUGCGAUCCAGAUCGCUGUGAGCCUGUGCUCGGCACUGGCGAAUAUAGAUGCGGAUGCUCUCGUUGCACCAACGCCAUCUGGGAUUUGGAGCUCGACCAUGAUGGUGCAACUUGCGGAGAACGCAUCGAAUUUCUUCAAGAUGUGGAAGGCCAAACUGAAGUUCGCGCUUGCCGCCAGGUCACUGGGAUCGAGUAUCCGCAGCUCUGCGGAAGCAACUGCAAUCCGGAUCUGUGUGAUUCUCCCCUCGCAGCUCGGACUCCUUUAUACUGCUUCCCCGACUUUGACGAACGCGAGCGCUAUCGUAACUUCUGGGGAAAUUUCACAGUAGAAGUAAAAGAGUCCAAGGUAGAAGAACGGGGAAUUUGCGGGCCGCAUGACAACAAGUUUACGGCAAGCACAGUAUCUCGAGUGGGCCCAAACAGGCUGAAGUUGCAAUUCAAGAAGUCCGCAGGCCAGUCCUGGAUUGGCAGUGAGGUGAGGGUCCGUCUCCCAAACGCGGACAUGCCAUUUCGGUACGGUUCAUUCUCUUUCAGUGUCGAAAGCGUUCAAGUUGUGAACGUGCAUUCGGGAGAAGUUGAGAGCGACAACCUCCCACCUUCCCUCGUUCUCUCAAUGCACACGUGGGACGCCACUGAGAACUUUGCAACCCAUGAGAACCAAAACCAUCAGGUUGGGGUUGACAUUUCCCGUUUUGACGACGCUGCCGGAGAAGAUGCUCAGUUUGCUGCCCAACCCGAAAUAGUACACCGAUUCUUUACUGGACGGCACAACAACUACAAGCAAGCGCCAAGGAUUCACGGAUUUCACUGGCGCCCGGCAGAGAUUGAGUUCUUUUCCAAGAAUGAUCAAGGCCGAUCAACAAGCUUCACGUACAGUACCGAGGAAGCCCUCGAAGCGGGUUACAUUGACUUCACCCAAUGUCUGCCAGCAGAUGUGGAACUUCGUAUUGGCCUCUGGCAUAUCUAUGGAAGCAACCCGCCACCAGGUCUGGCCGACAACCACAUAGUUGAAGUCGUAAUUGACGAGGUUUCCUACACCCCCUCGGGUUUGGAGUUUGUCGAAGAAGGCCGCUUCUGUUCCAAGGAUUGUCACUGUAGUCCGCACCAUAAAUGCUUUGGUGGGCGUUGCACUCGAGUGGCAUCUCACUAUGAUGCAGUGAUUGCAAGCCAACUCAACCCCAAGCUCGAGCAACCCCAGAAGGCCUCCGUAAGGACGAUUAUGGGACUCACAGUCUUCAGUUGCUCUGUUGGGGCUUUGGCAUUAAUAGUGUGGUACCAGGGAAUGCGGUCGGAGAAGAAAAACGAGGGCCCUGCGGAGUUUUCAAUUUCGCAUGGAGCAGUCAAGGGAUGAUCCACUGAAUGUCCAACCGUUGCUACUAGUUGUGUAUUGUUGUUUAGCAGUAAUCAAGGGCUGAUCCUGAACCCAAACUUGACCCAAAUGGCAGUUUGCAUGCACCCAUCAUGCUGUGAAAUGACUAUGUUCCUUACUAUUAAAGAAAGAUAGAAGACAUCGAUCGCCUUUGUAUCGAAAUCAUAAUAUAGACAAUUCCCCCGAGCCCGAGCCCGCGCGAUGAUUGGUCGUCUGUUGGAGCUCCAAGCUGUCAGGCUGUCACUGUCA